AUGUCGAAUUUGUCUGAAUUUCCCGUUAUAUCAGCCGAAGAUAGGGCAGAUUUGAAGCGCCACGCUAUAGACCGCGUGCAGAGAUAUGUCCCUGCAGGCCGCAGUCUGGACAAACUGCUGGUGCCUGCGCUACUGGCCUCCCUGGAAUUCCUUGGAUCAGGGAUAUCUCAAGCAUCGAUGAUGAUACAAAGCUGUACGAACAUUUUGAGUAUAUUUACCAGUCACUAUUCCUCCCAAGUUAGUUUGACCUCUUUUAUCGAUGGGGUAUCUCCUGAUAGUCAUAUACAACAAUGUGUGAUCACCAAGAGAAUGCUAAGGAAGGACUGGAAAGAUGCUGGUAAACCUAGCGGGGAAACGCCCUCGAAUCUAGAAGUGGCCCAUAUCAUUCCUUUUAUUUACGGGCCCCACAAAAAUCAAAAUCCUUCGGAUAAGUAUGCCACACGGCGAUGGACCUGCCUAUAUCAUUACUUCCCAGUACUCCACGGGAAGAUUUAUGCCGAGAAAAUAAACGACCCGUUGAACACUAUCACCUUGGCAAGCUACAUUCAUAAGGAGUUCGGAGAAUUCAACAUCGCGCUGAGGCCUACGGGAUUUUCAAAUGAAUAUGAAGUGAAUGUCUAUGAUGGCUUCGAUGAUGUCUUCUCACCUCUGUUGCCGAAGGAUAGAUUACUACGGCUCAGUAUCAGUCCAGGAAACGAGGAUAUCAAGCUUCCCGAUCCCAACUUUCUGGACACAUACUACAGGCUUGCGGAGAUAUUCCAUGCCAGUAGAAUAGACGAAGAGAUCGAUCGUCAUAUCCAAGAUUUUAAAGAUCUCACCUGCUUGGCUGAGGACGGGUCUACAAAUAUAAACCAGCUUCUUACCAUCUGA